AUGCCGAGGGGACCCGGCGGCGAGCCUGCCCCAACAACACCACAACAAGUUGCCCUGAAGUACUUCCUGUCGUGUUCAGCAGCUUUGGUCGCGGAGACAGUAACCUACCCUCUGGACAUCACAAAAACACGACUCCAAAUAGUGCGCCAUGGCCCGCACGGGCAUACAAGUAAAGCAACAGGGAUGAUGAGCGUCACUUAUGAUAUAGUAAAAAACGAAGGCGCGAUGAGCUUAUGGCGCGGCGUCGCACCUGCAAUCUAUAGGCAUUAUGGCAGAUACACUGGCACCUUUGACGCAUUUCGAGCCGUCUACCGAUCUCACGGCUUUUUCGGACUUUGGAUGGGCUGGGUGCCGAACUGCCAACGGGCAGCGCUUUUGAAUAUGGCUGAUUUGGCAACCUACGAUCGUGCGAAACACUGGCUGCUCGCGAACACCGGGCUGAAGGACAAUUUAUGGACGCACGCAAUUUCUAGUGCUUGUUCAGGAUUAAUGGCGGCAAUCGUCAGUACCCCGGCCGAUGUUGUGAAGACCCGAAUGAUGGAUCAAAUACGGCAUCUACACGAUUCUGACCCAAAUGGAAAACCAUCAAAAAUGCACAAAGGAAGCAUCGACUGCCUGAUGCAUAUCGUCAAACGCGAGGGCUUCUGGGCAUUGUAUCGCGGAUUCUUGCCUACCUAUAUAAGAAUGGCUCCCUGGUCGCUGACCUUCUGGAUUUCCUACGAAAAAAUCCGCUGGCUGACGGGAGCGCCGAGCUUC